UUUUUAUUGCUUCUGUCGGCAGCAGCAGGAGGAGUAGUGCCUGCCAGCUUAGGGGAAGAUUUGAGGUUAGGGUUAGUGACUCGCUGACAUUUGGCAUGAGUACAGGGGCUCUGUAUGUCGGAAUGUAUCCUGGUGUUUGGCGUAAGGGAAAAUGAUUUUGGAGACAAACGAGUCUAACCGUGAACGAACUUCUGUAUCUCAGCGAGUGUCGUGUUACUGUUAGAAUUGCGAGAUAAUCGGUGCCCGAAUGAUUGGUCGCUUUGUUUGACGUUUUGUAAUUCAGAAGAGAACAGAAAAAAAGGUAAACUAAAGAAGCAGGAAAAGGAGGACAAGGAGGAACGUGAUAUACAUGCACGCGACCGUCCUCUUUCCAUACCCAACACAAACAAAAAUUGGAUAAUGUUUUCAUGCAAUUAAAUACGUGAUUAGACAGACGUAAAGGAAUAUAAUUAAAAUGUCAGGGUUUUACCCGUUUAUUGUGAUGGAUCAAAGUAAGGUUAAGUGAUAAUGUCGAAGACAGCAGAUGCUGAGAGCGAGGCAGGCUCUAUAUGUGACGAGGAACGUGUCAGGAAACUCUUCCAAGCUUGCGAUGGCGAUGGUGAUGGCUUCAUAGACAGUCAGGAUCUGCUGACGGUAUGCCGAGAAUUGAACCUCGAGGACUCCGUCGAGGAGUUGAUGAGAGAACUGGGAGCUGACGAACAAGGGAGGAUAUCCUAUCAGGAGUUUCUCAGACGGAGGUUGGCUCUGCGACCAGAAAUCGAAGCGCUCAGAUCAGGGAAACACAGGUCCAGUCCACAUCACACCACCUCUCAUACCAUCGAGUAUCUGCCCACAAGCAGCGACAACAGCCUGGGUACAGUAUCCGGUCGCCAUGAAAGCUGGGAGUUUGAUAGCGGAGCCAGAGAUUUAUCUCCCGAACCGCACACCCUUCAAAAAUUGGUCGAGGCGGCAGCCGGUGGUAGCGGAAACAUGCUCGAGCUCGCCAAUAAGCUCCACGCCGCAGCUCUGUCUUCGCUACGAUCUGAGGUCGCCGAAUUAAACGCGAGGCUGUUGGCAGCUACCAGAUCGCGAGAAGCGACCGAUGCAGCUUUGAUAAGGGCUGAAGCGCAGGCUUCGAGGGCAGAACAAAGAGCGGAACAGCAGGCUGCUAGACACGAGGAAAGGCUCACUGAACUUCAUUCUGUAAUUGCCGAACUUGGACGUCAAUUAGAACGACACAGAGCUACGGUUAUCGCCGAAGAAGACGAAUCCGAAAUUGAGACCAGUCGGGAUGCCGAAGGAUCCAUUACCAAUCCAGUUGAGGAGAGCGAAGGCGGAGGUGAUCUACACGGAGACGGAGAUCGAACCCUUGGCGACGCGGAUUCCAGUUGUUGCGGUGAAAUCGAACACCGUCCAACAGAGAACGGCAGAGAAACCUUGGAGAGUCCAGCAGCCCUUCCGACUCCUGAACCAACUCAGCAAGCUGCCUCGUGUCAGAGCGUCGUCGUAGCCGCCCUUCAGGAUGAGGUGAACGCCUUGAAAACGGAAAUUGCAAGCUUACAGGCUCAACUGGCUCAGUACAAAAAUCAGGGACAAAACAAUUUUCCUGCCAAUCGCAGCGACUCUCUACGACGUGAUCUCAGGAUACGGGGUAACACAAGCUCCCCUGAGCCGCUAACGGCUCCGUGUUCGCCGUUGUUACCUCCGCUGCAAACUCCGCCAACGAAAACAAUAUCCAGAGAGGAAGCACCCGUUCUGAAGAUGGCAGAACGAGUAAGACUAAAACGUACCGACGAAAGACAUAUUACUGGACCCGAUAUCACCAAUCUCGGUGUUUGCUCAACUAUGGUGGCUGAGCAUCUGGUAUCCGAUCUUAUGGAGCAGUCGAACUUGCAGGAAUUAAAUGGUUCGGAGCAGCAAUUCGAGGUCGAAACUGAGAGGCUAAACAGCAGACUGGAGCAUGCUAAGGCUAAUAAUGCCGUUCUGGCACUCACUCUUCACGAGAGUAAAGCCCAAUGUGACAGGCUCAGCUUGCUGGUCGGAAAAUACGAAUCAAACGCGACCGCGCUACGUUUAGCAUUAUCGUACAGCGACCGGGCUAUCGAAGCUUACGAUGUUCUCGUAGCCCUACUAGAAAGUGAGAUAGCAUUGUCCACUGACCGAAGUAACGCGACGAUUGACAUCAGGAGAACUGCGGAGAACGUCGCGUAUCAUGUGUUGAAUAGGCUUGAAAACGAUUGCACAGCGUUAGGCGCACCCUGGGAGGACAGUAUGGUUUUGUCCGACGACUCCGAAGUAACUUGGGGGAUCGACGAUGAAAAACGGCUUAGGAAGCAUAUUAGUAGAAUGAAAAGCGACCGGGCGAUGGUUCGAUCUACUGCAGUUGAACUGGAAAGUGUUCACGCGGAGCCGUUGAACUCGAAGAAUACGAUUUCACUAGCUGAGGCCAGAAAAUUAGAUCUAGAAACGGCCGUACUUAUGCAGGAAUUGAUGGCUAUGAGAGAGGACAAGGCUGAGCUAAGGGCGAGAGUAUUUCUUUUGGAAAAAGAACGGGCAACAAUAGAAUUAAAACUGGGUGUUCAGGACACGCAGAUAGCCGCACAGUACGCAGCUAUAUUGCACCUUCAGGAACAACUGGGAGACAUGGAAGCCACACCGGCAAUAACGGCUAAUAAGGAUCACAUCAUGAGCGAUAACGAGAGCGAGGGCAUGGAGUCGGAAUUGAUUGAAGCAUUGGGAAGAGAAGCGAGAUUAAAAGAUCGUCUUCAAAAGCUCGUAUCUACUUUUGACAAAGUCUAUGCCAAUCUGGAUUCCCGACAUCUUCAGUCCGACGAGCUUGUAAAAGACUUGAAACGAGCAAAUGGAGCUUUGGUACAGUCUAUGGAAAAAUCAAAGAAAAAAUAUCAAUCUCGACUUAAGAAGCUGGAGCAACAAAUGCUGGAAAUGGUAGAGAGACAUGGAGCACAGGUAAGGUCACUGAAGCAGCGUAUAGCGAUGUUAGAGGAGGAGUCGACCGGAUACAAGGGAACAUUGCCCCUGCAAUCUCAGAGUUCUGGCGCGAGUGAGACUUCAUUAUGACACACAAGUAGAUAAGAGUUGGAAGAAUGACUAAAGAUUUAAGCAACAAGUAUUUUUAAAUACUUUUUUCCUAUCGUCAGUGAUCGUGGAUGCGGUCGGUCGCGACGGAUCGAAUCUAUGUAUUUUUUUACUUGGGAAUAAUAAUUAUUGCCUGAAAAUCUAAUUGCCUGGCUGCUAGCAAAUCGCUUUGUAAUUAAUUAUUUUAUAAUUCUGUGACGUAAUAAUAUGCAGCUAUCAUCGUAAUUUAUAUAAAUAUAUACAUAUAUAUUAAUGUACACACGCUAGGCCUGUGAAAAAAACGAAAACAUAAAAAGAAAAAAUCUAACAAUAUACAAUCUAAUAUACUGAUGUCUUUCCGAACAACUUCUGAUACCUUAUAAUAGGUAACAGAUAUUGACCAUUAAAUAGUUAUAAACAUUAGCUAGUGAUUUUGAUUUGUAAAUAUGUAUAUUGUAGGCAUACUUGAAGCGUGAUAAAUGUAGACUACCGAUAAAUAAAAUGUGCUUUAUAUAA